ACAAAUAUUGAUAAAAUAUAAAAUAAAUACUCUGAAAUGAAAAGUAAUUAACUCAUUGUUUAUAACUGUAAUUAAAUUGUUUAUAAUUUUUAAGUUGAACAAAAAUGAUUUUUCUAAAAUAUUGUUUAAUAUUAUUGUUUAAUUGUAUAACAUUCAAUGAAGCAUAUAAAAUUUUGGGCGUAUUUGCUUCAUCAAGCACUAGUCAUACAAUGUUAGGAAAAGAGUUGCUGAAAACAUUAGCCGAACAUGGACAUGAGGUUACCAUGAUUAGUACUAGUCCGUUGACAACACCAAUGAAAAAUUAUCGCGACAUUGUGGUUAAAGCUGAUUUAAAAAAAGAGUAUUUAAGUCGUACUGGUAAUGAAAACUAUUUUAAAUUAAGUCAAAGUUUUGGAUUAAAUUCAGUAUUCAACCUUUUUAAAAGCGGAAUAGAAAUCUCUGAAAUUAUUGUUAAGGAUGAAAAUGUACAAAAACUAUUAAAUUCAAAUGAACAUUUUGAUGCAGUAAUUGUUGUGACAUUUGUUUACGAUGCAUUAUACGCUAUUGCAAAUCAUUUUAAUGCUCCAUUAAUUGUAUACGCACAAGCGGGACCUACAGCUUUUGUAAAUGAUAUGGUCGGGAAUCCAAAUAAUUAUGCGUAUGUACCUGAAUGGUUUCUCGGUUUUACCGAUCGGAUGACAUUCAAGCAAAGGGCUAUAAAUACAAUUUCAAGUUUAUUUUUUGAAGUAAUUAAACAUCUAUAUUAUUAUCCACAACAAAAUGAACUUACCAAGAAACUAUUUCCAAAUGCUCCCGAUUUAUACACCAUCAGAACGAACGUUUCAUUAGUUUUAUCCAAUUCGCAUGUUAGCAUUCGUUAUCCACGGCCACUUGUACCGAAUAUUAUUGAAAUUGGUGGUCAUCAUGUCAAAGAUCCAAAACCAUUGCCAGCUGAUUUACAAAAAUUCAUGGAUUCCGCGCCCAAUGGUGUGAUAUAUUUCAGUUUAGGUUCAAAUUUACGCAGUAAAGAUCUAUCACCAGUUCUACGUGAUACAAUUUUAAAAGUUUUUUCAAAAUUACCUCAAAAAAUUUUAUGGAAAUGGGAAGAUGCCAAUUUGCCAGGAAAACCACACAAUGUGUUUACACAAAAGUGGUUCCCACAAUCUGAUAUUCUCGCACAUCCAAAUUUACGAUUGUUUAUUACUCAUGGUGGGUGGGGUAGUACUGUUGAGUCUAUUACACGUGGAGUACCUGUUGUUGGAAUACCUGCUAUUGCAGAUCAACAUGCAAAUAUGAGACAAUGUCAACAAAUGGGAUUGGGAGUUUUAUUAGAUUUGAAGAAUAUAACUGAGGUAUCCUUUGCAUGGGCCAUCAAUGAAGUUUUAAAUAAUCCACAAUACAAAAAAGAAAUGCAAAAACGUGCACAACUGUUUUUAGAUCGGGAAAUUUCACCAGCUAAGAGAGCAGUCUAUUGGACAGAGUAUGUAAUACGAAAUAAAGGUGCCUACCAUUUACAAUCUGCAGCGACACAUUUGAAUUUAAUACAAAUAAUAUUGUUAGAUGUCGUUGGUUUUUGUGUUAUCAUUGUUGUAACAAUUAUUUUAAUAUUAUUUUUUGUAUCUCGAUAUAUUUUACGUAAGCUUUGUAAAUCUAACUCGAAAACAAUCGAUCAAAAAAAGAAACAAAGUUAA